AUGGCAGUGUCUUUGAGCUCGCCUGGGAGCUCAAGUUCUUCCUCUUUCGACCCAUAUUCUGAAAAUGUCACAGAUUCAAAUUCACAGAAUAAAUCCCAAGCUGGAACACCCGGACAAGAUGACAGUGAUGUUGCUGCUUCCAGUUCCACUGUCGUUGCUUCAAGUGCUCAUUCCAGCCAGUUUGUUUCACGCGGCCACCGUCUGGAAACCCCCAAGAAUGCAUCCACUGCUACUGAGAUAACUACCUCUGCCACCAACAGUACCCAGUCUCGCCGGAAACGCAAACGCGGUGCAGCUGGUGAUCAUCCAGCAGGGACCCAGGUUUCAGAUGCUCAAUACUCAUCAGAAUAUGAUAGCCGUCAUUUUGGUGUUAAAUCCCAGUCAGACUCGCCAUCGAGUUUCGUGGAUGGCACAAAGCGUGUCAAGUUCAGAGAUGAUGUGAAGCCGGACUUUUCCGUCGAUCCGUCUAUGGAUACCAUACCCGAGGAUAAGUCCAAAUUACCAAGGGAAAUAUGGCAGCACAUUUUUACUUUUCUUCCGCCUGUUUCACUUGGACGUGUCUUGCAAGUUAACCGCACUUUUAAAGCUCUGCUUACCACUGGUCAGCCCGAGUUGCCCUCUGGCCGUGCAACUCCAGGCUCACUGAAAUAUGUUAAUCCGGUUCACAUUUGGUCCAUCUCACGAAAAUCUUUCCAUUCAAGCAUGCCACGUCCGUUAAGCCCUUUGUCAGAAAUGGAUAUGUGGAAACUUAUCCGCGGAACUUCAUGUCAGUUUUGCAACAAAGCCGGGUCUGUUCAAUCGCCAGAAACUUCGCCCUUUGAAAGUGGACCGGGGGAGAACGGAGUCAGAAUCAUUUGGCCUUUAGCCGUUCGUUCAUGUGGAGACUGCCUAAAGGCAAAUUGUGAUACCGAAAUGGACCUUCUCUUCUCCUCCACUCUGCCUUCAGUUUUGGUUCCUGCUCUCCCCUUUGCAUUCUUAACAGCAUCGCUGCAUUAUGUUUCAUCUGUUUCUCUUCGUGGAAAUCAACCUCCAGUCGGAAUGGUCCUUACCAAGCAUUUUCUAAAAUCCCAAGUUGAGGAGCUAAAAUCCAGAUUUGAGGAAGUCAAAGCCUUGGGGCCUGCAGCCGCAGAGGAAUGGAUGAAAGGCCUUGAUGGAAAUGGCAAAGAAAAGAUCGCGGAUGCAGCGCGAUGGGAGCAAUGGGAAUUAGCGGGCGGCCUUCGCAGUCUCAAGUCACCCCACCAAGCUCCAUCUAAUGGUACUAAGACACAGUCUGCAAAACCUGAAACAGCUGACACAGCCUCCGCACGUCUCCCUAUCGCAAACCAUCGUCCAAGUAAUAGCCUCGGUGGCAAUGCACCAUCCACCAAUUUAGAUACUGCUAUUACCUCACGGCCUCGCAGCACCGGUGCGCAGCCCGGCUUCCCACUUCCACCAAACUCCCAACUUUCUCGAGAACGCAACCUGCGCCAGAUCAACGAGGCAAAAGCCAGUCGUCGAAGUGAAAUCGAAAGGCGAUGCGCAGAACUUGACCCGCCUCUUGCUCCCGAGGUUAUUAAUCAUAUGGAAUCGUUCACAGCUGCGAUCCAGAUCACACAUCCAUUUACUGAUAGAGAUUGGGAAAUCUUGAAGCCUCGGCUUUUAGCUCAGCGCGAAGUUGCUGAACGUCGUGAAAAUGAGCGCAAGCUUCAUGACGCACUUCUCCAAGCAAAAUCUGAUGAGCGGCGUCACCAAGAGGCCCAACUUAAAGAAGCCAAGGAAUUACUUGACCGUGAAUGGGAGGAUGUCCAAAAACCAAUCAAAGAACGGAUGGCCGGCUAUGCCGAUGAGAUCAUCCGUGAGGGUUGGCGUGGUGGUGAAGGGGUCACAAAGGAGAAGUGCCCCAAGUUCGCAGCCGACGUCAUUAUGUAUGUUCGGAAGAGGUUCUUGGAAGAUUUAGCCCAAGAAGAUGCGCGUGCUCGUGCUGAAGGGAAGCCAAUUGAAGAAGAUCCUCCAAACGGCCCUCCUCGACGCAAAAUCAUCUUAGAGAACAUGAAGUUCAUAUUUGACACAAAAAUCAAACUACUCACUGAACAGUUCCAAAAGGAGCUGUUCUUGUGUAAUGGUUGUGAUAAUAAUGCCAAAUAUUACGGCUUCGAAGGUGUGAUUCAGCAUUACGCUGCUAAACACACCAACGUUCUCAGUUUAGGCAGUGUUGUUGUUCAUUGGCGAGCAGAAUGGCCUGAGCGCCCUCCUUUCAACCCUGACCCUGCCUCUGCAAAGCUGCUUAUGUAUCCUAUGCCGCGUCCGCAUGGCGGGCAGCCACAUAUGGGAUACACAAAUCCUCAACCAUCCCCCGGCCCAUAUAAUAGAACACCAUAUGGAACACCCUAUGCGUAUGGGACUGGUCCUUAUAGACCACCUUCCCCCCAAUACUACCCUCCCCCUCCUGGUUAUGGAUUCUCUCCUCAACAGCCCUACCCUCCUGGCCCUUACGAACAUCAACACGCACCACCAAACCCACCAUACGGUUCACCUUUCCCUGGUCAGGCUUAUCCACCACCCUAUGCCCCGGCUGAUCCAGGGAGACACCCAGGACCACCAUAUCAACCGCCUUACAGUGGGCCAAGCCAUCCACCUGGGCCUUACAAUCCCGCUUACCCACCUGCUCCACAUCAUUCACGGCCACCGGCUGGUGCUCACAAGCCUAACCAAGGCAGUCAGUCGUUUGGCCUGUACCAAACACAUCUAGAUGAAAUCGCUAAGAAUGCUCGAAGUGUUUGGAAUGGCACCUCUGGCAUCAAGGAUCUUCCCCACAAUGUGCGAGCUCACGUUGUAAUCCAUCAUGUUACCACUCGGUUUGUCGAUAAGUUCGGACAAGAACCGGCACUCACACUUUUCUCUGAUGGAUUGAAUUCUCAUCCUCAUAUGAAACCAAUCAGAAAUCUUAGCGGCUUGGUCUGUAAGGCAUGUACUGAUAUGGCGAGCUCGCGCCGUUCUCGUCAACAUGAUUCCCGCAAUGACCGGAAAAUGUAUCACCUUCCGGCUCUCUUCAGCCAUUUUCAGUCCGUUCACGUUGAUGCAGCGGCACCUGAUGGCACUCAGCCCGAUUGGAAGGUACAUAUGCUAUUACUACCCGACAAUGCAGUCAUAUCAUCCUUGGGUCAAGCUCCUGGCAUGGACCAAGCAAAGUUCCAUCUGAUUACUUCCGCCUUUCCCUGGGUAUUCUCACCAAUCACUGCCCCCAUUGCACCUGCUCCAGUGAAAGCCGUGAUAAAACCAAACAUCCAUGGAGCUUACGAGGCAAAAACUAGUGAACAUACAAAAUACCCCGCUGCAAGUCAUGGUGGUAAGAAGUCAGCCAACCACCAAGUCCUCGAAGUUGCCGUAGAUGACUUCCCAAGGUUCGUUGAAUCUCCAGAUGAUCCAAAGCACUUUGAGCCACCUCGAUAUGACGAGUACGACCCUCACCGACCAGCAUUUAUCGAAACCGCAACGGACCCCUACGCUCGUGGUGCCCGUGGAAACGCUGGACCUCGUGAAAAGAUUCAAGUGAAACAUCGUCAAAUUGAAGCUGUUCCCGGAGAGGAAACUGAAAUGCAGGCCGACAGUAGGCGUCCUCGUCAACAGCAGCAGAAGCACUCAUCUCGGGGAAAAGAACGAGCUGCAAAAUCUGGUGGUGCUGAUAUUGUCCAUCCAGCAGCAGGGAGCGGACAUUCGCAACCCGGUACAAAUCGCCCUAAAAGCCGAAAUGUAUCAGAAGAUGGUGAGGUUGCUGAAUCUAACGAAGCUAGGGCUGAGGGAGGACCCUCUCCUACUGAGGAGAUGAAUGCAGCGGAGCACUUCUUGAAUAACUUUGUUCCUGGCCAGGAUCAAGGUGACUUCGGAACAACUUCGCGAGGAUCCAAUCCGCAAACACACGGUGAAUCUAGAAGUAAAUGGCCCAAAACGGCGGCUGCAGAAGAGCGAGAAUGGCGUACCUCAACUAAUUCUCAUGCCGGUGCCGAAGCUGGUCAUACAGCCCAGCCAGGCCGUGGUGGGAAACAUAAUGGCUGGGCUGGACGUGGAAAGAGCCCUGCUGUCGGACGUGAAUACCGUGAAUUUGACCCAAGAGGCGAGGCAUUCGACAUGCAUAGCGGCCCCCCUUCAGUUCGUGGGGAUGUGCUGACACCUGAUCAGACUGAAGCCCGCGGUCGAAGCCGUGUAGCUACUGCUGACGUGAAAGGUGGACCGGAAGCCCGGGGCGGCCGACCUCACAACAGGUUCGAGCGGUAUGAAGCCCAGAGGCAAGAAUCUCUUCGACCACGUUCAAGAUCGCCUCUGCCACAGGAACGGACUGCGGUAGAGUACUACCGUAACCGUAGCCCUCGAGCGAGACAAAGAGCUGCAGCUCUUGCCCCGUCUCAUCCACAGGAAGCCUAUGUUGAGCGUAUCCCCAUUGACCAUCCUUCCUAUGCCAGAGCACCACCACAGGGCCAGUACCGCUACGUUGAAGAGUAUAUCGAACCUUCUUAUGAAGGUGCAGUGGAGUACGUCCCCGUGCGUGUCGCGGCUCGAGAGCCACAAAACGGAGGUCAGUACUACAUCGAACGUCCGGUCCAUCGCGGUGUUCCUCAAGAAUACGUCGACUAUGAUAUGGAAUAUUCUCGACAUCCUGUUAUCGAACAACCUCAGCAUUAUUAUCAUGGACCAAGCACACGAGAUAUUCCUGAGGGCCCUCCAGUCGGUUCACGCCGUGCCAGGUAUAGGUAA